AUGUCUACAUCUAAAACGAUACAUGAAUAUUUCAGACGAAAAGUGUCAGAUUGGGAUAUUGUAAGAUUCCUCAAUGAAUAUACCAAUAUAGAAUCUUAUAGACAAAAAAUAGAAUGCUACUUAUCAUCUCUCGAGUUGAUAGCCAAUACUGAGAAUGGUCAAAGGCGUAAAAAAGCGCUGGAACUUCAAAAACUCUACAGGGAGGCAAGUAUUGGAUGGCGUGGUAGGGACCUUCGUGCUCUCUAUCAUUCAAGUCUUCGUACUGAGCCACAAAAGCAGUAUUGGGACACAGAUGACCUUUGUGCUUGCCUAAUGUUUAAAAGUCCUCGAGAAAAGAUGCAUUCGUAUUUGCGGAUUCAUAUUCAUCAUUCGACUAUAAACGGGACAGUGCAAGAGAUAACAAAUGGUGUAUAUGGGACUAUGAGUGGAGAGGUGUUCGAUGUAAAGCUUGCGCCAAAGAGAAGCAAUCAGAAAGAGGACAAUGACGAAGGUUCAAAGCGGAUGAAAAUCGAUCAAUAUUUCUAUACUCGCGCUGUGACCCCACUCACGCUUUCACAAGAAAAGAGUAAAGUUAAUACGGAUUCGCUGGAUUGCAGUGAUGUAAAAGACUCGCCUUCACAAGAACAAGAACUACCACCAGAUGAGACUUUAAAAGGUACGAUUAUGGAGAGGCUCAUUAACAGCAAAAGCAGUAUUGCAAGAUACCAGAUUAUAUUCCUACCAGAACGCAAUUUAUAUGAUCCGAUAAGGUGCCUGUAUGUUAAUAAAGAAUGGUUGAUGAUGGAAUCGACUUGGGAAAAGAUAGAAAAGAAGAUAGUAAGUUCACUUCCUCCAAUUGCGGAAAACCUGGAAUCACUUUUAGAAAAAUAUAAUAAAGCUAUCAUAGACGCCACAACCGGAUACUAUGUAGAUUUGCAGAAGGUUUGGAUUACCAUAAGUGAAUCGCCAUUUGUAGGUGAAGUUGAAAAUAUUGAUAGGAAAACCCAAUUGGACCUCACAAGGGAUGUAGAUAAAUGUAAAUCGUGUGUAGGUAGCUGGCAUCAUGACACCAUUUUAACUAUAAAAGCGGGGAAUAAGGAUUUUCAAAUAGCAUUUGGUGAGCGUAACUUUAAUUUUUCUAUUUUUAUUAUAAAAAUUUCUAAAAGAACUAUUCGAUUUAUAGCCAUGCGGUUAGCUCUUCCAAAACUUUUGAAACUAUUGCCUGAAAAUGUGCCAGGUAUCGAGGAGUUGGAAACUUUCAGAUUACUUGUGUAUAAAAAGGAGUUCCUUCUUUAUUCAAUGCAUUAUGUGGAUGGAAUUUAUUUUGUUGAUCAGUAUGAUGGAUUUACAAUUCCUGAUACACCAUUACAGCUGGAGAAUAUAUCUGAUAUCAUUCGCAUAAUGCUUAUGUUUAAGAUAUUGAAAGGUUUUAAACGUGGCAGUACUCUGCAUGCAAAUGAUGACGAUUCGGAUAUUCUUGCAUCUAUUCAUUAA